AUAAAUAUAAAAUAAUAGGUUAACAUCUAAGUUGGGUAAGAUACUGCUACAGCAGAGAGAAUGUUUUUAUAUUUAAAAGGAAUUUUAAGAUAUUAAAUUCAAAAAACAACAGAACAAAGCCCUAAUUACACAACAAAAAUAAAUGACUGAGAACAUUUUAAUAAAUAAUAUCAAUAGAACAAAGAAAUGCACUAGAGGUAAAAUAUCAAACUAAGGGGUGCUAUGUAAAACUUUUACUUCCUUAAAGAAAAAAAUGUUUGGCUACAUAUGACAAGUCGCAUAAGUACAUUGAUUGACUUAGUGGUUCACUUAAAUUUAAAAGACCGAUAAUAGGCCACAGUAAAGUAGCACCAAACUCUAAAAUUGUUAUUCAACCACCUACCCACAGCAACUUUUCAGUCAUCUAUAAAUUUAAGAAGUGAAGUGUUUGCUUCACAUGAUAUGAGUUCAGUGCCACUGAAUUGAGUUUAAGGCAGUACUCGCUCAUAAUUGAUCCAUUAAAUAUAAAGUGAUUGUUAUCUAUUGUAACACAGCAUCAGAAUAUCAAACAAAAACUGAUUAAACAUGUAUGCUAACUGAUUAAUUAUUAUUAAUAAUUAGCAAAUAAUGAGAACCCUACUAAAACCACGCCUACUAAACGUAAUAUAGUAACUAGUAACAAUGAUUUAAAGCUAAUUUAUACUUUAUUAAAUUAAGCAAAUUUAUAUUUUGUUUAAUGACUUGGAAUGAUAUGGAUAAAAAAAUAGUAUUAUAUUUAAGAUGAUUGUAUACAAAACCCAAACAUUUUAGAAGAGUACUAGGUGUGGCUUUCAGUAAGCCCACCGAACAGCUCAUCAAAAUAUAUCUGCGAAUCAAAAAACUCGCUCGUGAAAACGUAAAACAACCUGAAAAUUGUAUUCAAUCGUUCGACGUACGAGUUUUGUUUCGGGAUUAGAAUUGUUGAACAAUAUCGAUGAUAAAAAGUUUGUUCGUUUGGUCGACAGGAUGAUACAAGAUUUUGAACCAAAUCGAUUGUCUUCGUUUUCAGAACAUGAACUAGCAUCCAUAGAAAAAUCUUUGAAAUUGGACAAUAACCAAUGUCAGUGUAUACUGAAUUGUUUAAGCCAAUUGUUGAAAGAAGUUAUAAGUGAUGUGACAAAACCUUUGGUACUAAAAAAUGUGUUGUCUACACUAUUUUCGUUCAAUGAUAAAAAAGUUGAAUUAUUUUGUGAAUGUUGGUCUAAAAAUGCUGAACAAGUUGUGUCUAGGCUUCAGAAAAACUUUCCUCAAUCAUACAGGUUGAAGGAUGUAAACUGGGCUUUGAAUAUUUCAUCAAAUGUCGGAAUUGAAUUAUCUGAUCCAGAACCUAGAUGUUUAAUAGAGUUAAAAGUUGAAGACAGCCAAUAUCACAAUGAACCUAAAAUCAAAGAAGUUAUUUUGGAUUUAAACGAAGAAGAGUUGAAGAAAUUCUAUGAUACAUUAGAAACAAUUAAAGUAAAACUAGAUUCACUUUCAGAUUAAUAAGUGCAAUUGAUUAGAAUAUAUUUUAAAUAUUUGCAUCUACUCACCAUAAUUCACCAUAAUAAUAUCAACCACAGUCAUUAUAUUUAAUGCCUAGUAUAAGAAUUAAGAAUUGAAUUUUUAUACAAAUUUAGCCAACCAUAGUUUAUACAAAAUUUGAUUAUUCUAUUUUUUUAAUUAUAUAAUUGUUGUUUUAUACCAUUGAUUUUAUGUGUACAAAAAUAAAAAAUGUUUGUGUUCAAAUCAUAGACAUUAUAGAAAUAGUUCCAGUACCUGAACAAGCUUAGGUUAGUACUUAGUACUCAGUGAACCACACAAACACACUAAGGCUGUAAAGGAUUGUUUCUUUCAAAAUAUCACUGUCUGUGUUACAAUUCACAAUAUAACUAUGUGAAGUAAUUAUUUCCUUUAUAUAUUAUACUCUAUUCACGUUUAGAAGCGACCCAGGCGGCCAACUUAUCCGCAUGGCUUCGUUCCGCAACGCUAGCUUAACGAGUCUCUAGGUGGGAGACGUAUCUGACCGUAACUGAUGAAAACUAGUCGGUUCUUAACGUGAACAGAGUAUAGGUAAGAAUAUAAUGAUUAAUAAAUAAUGUAAAUGAUUGUUGUUGUAAUAAUAGCGUAAAACAAAACAUUUAAAUAUUUGAAAGUUCUAUAUCCUCUAUAAUUAUAUCAAAGAAUAUCAGUUUUAAAUUUUAUUUGGGGUUUGAAAACAUUUGAAUUGAGUUAUAUUAUGUAUGUUUGAUGGUACACGAUUGUUGUUCAUUCUAACAUCUAUGA